AUGGAGCGCUCCAGAUCCCCAGUCCGGCGAUUCAACAUGGUGCCGCUGCAUCCCUUUGUGGGGGCUCGUGUCGAAGGGAUUAACGUGUCCAAGGUGAGCCAGCAAGACAUCGCGGAUGUUUGGGCGCCGGCCUUGGAGAAGUAUGGCCUACUGCUCUUCUCAAAUCAAGACAUCUCCCCAAAGGAGUUCUUCAACUUCAUGAAGUGCUUUCCGGAUGUAGACCUGGACGAGCUCUCAGUGAACCCCUUUGCCCAAGGAGAUCCAGCCUGCCUGCCCGAGCUUCCAACGGUGCGCGCCAUUGGCACGCCUGACUCUGACCCUUCCUUGCAUAGGGGCGCCACGCCAGAGGAGAACCGUAUAGGCAAGGAGUGGCACACGGACGGUUGCGGCAUCACCGGGCUCCUGGCAGCCCAAGUGCCACUCCUCGCGCCGAAGAGGACGACGCUCUGGGCCAGCGGCUACCGGGCCUGGGAGCUUUUGGAUGAGGAGAUGAAGCAGAAGGCCAUGGACUUGCAGGCGCACUUCGGGCCGGGGCGCACCAUGGAGGCGAGCCUUGCGGAGAUCUACCGACGCGGGGGCCGCACCAAUGCCAACGGCCUGAAGCUGCUGCGGGAGGUGGAGCGCUCUCGGCUCUCAGAGGAGGAGCUGAGAAGGCGCGAGCACCCCACGAAUCUGAGAAGGUAUCUCCAAUACGAUGGCUGUGUGGUGAAGCGCCAUCCCUCUUCUUAUCGAGCUACCCUUUGGAGCACACCCAUUUUCUUGGAGAGUUGCAGCGGGAUGAGCUGGGAGCAGGGCCAAGAUCUCAUGGAGCAAAUAUUGUUGCCAGGAACCUCAGGAGAUGCGGUUUAUGUGCAUGAAUGGAGUUUAGGGGAUUUCGUGCUUUGGGAUAACCGGAGUACGUUGCACUCGACCACAGAAGUGGUGGAUGCACCACAGCUAAUGUAUCAAGCGUUCUUGCGCACCAAAAUGCCUAUGAGACCCCUGUAA